AUGUCCAAAUAUUCACUGCCAAACACCGAGCUUCUAACCACGCACUUCGGGUUCGUGCCAAUUGCGUUUAUAGAUGACAUAAUAAACGCGGUAAACGAUCUAAUUUAUCAAGCAGCUGACAUAUUUGAGAAGUAUGUGGACGAUAGACUUAGCGAUCCUGAAGAAUGCGAGAAUGGAAUGCAUCAAGUGAUAACGUUACUUGAACAUGUAGUCGACAAGAAUUUUGAUAUAUUCGAAUUAUACGCGUUAAAUAAUAUCUUUACCAUACCACCUGACGUGUCGUCAUCGAUCGUGUUACCACAUCAAGAGGGAUUGGACUAUAGCAUUGACGCGGCUUAUGAUGAGAAAUUGGACGAAGAAUUGGAGGUGACGAGAAAGCAGUUGUUGGCGUCUAAAGUUAUCAAUUUUAAAUUGAGACAAGAUAUUCGAAAAACCAAUGCAAAACUGGCACGUCAAGAAAAGAUCAUUCAACAAUUAUCGUGCAUAAAGGAGAUGACUGUCGAACAAAACCUAUACCCACUACCCGAGACAGUGAAACUUCUAGUCGAUCAACUAAUCGCCGUAAAAAACCUGAUCAUUAAACUACAUGAUCAAGUGGACAACGGUAAACUCACCGAGAACAACGAUCAAAAUAGUGAUGAACGAAUGGUGUUUAUCAAGCGAAUGACUAGUAUGAUGGUGGAACGCACAUUGAAAAAAAGAAAGGAUAGUCAAAGAUCAGAUUACAAAGAUGAUUAUGAGGUAGGAGAAGGAGGAGGACAUGGUCGGAAGAGGGUUAAAACCCAUCAUCAACAUUAUCCUCAUUCUUCUUCUUCUUCUGAAAAUGAUGUCCCGAUCGGUGCUGUGGUAGGAGAAGAUGGCGGCGGAAGAAUAGGAGGAGAGGGAGAUGAUGAGGAAUUGAAAGCGCUGAUUGAGGAGGCUAAUGUGAGUGUUGAAAAGUUGACUAAUUUGCAGAAACUCCGAUCUAUUCUUCUUAAAGCCGCUAUGGAAAAAAAAUCAUGA